AUGACUUUGGCACCUGAGGCUUGGACAUCUGAAUUUCGCAAGUCUGAAGAUGCUAACAACCUGGAAAAGGAUAAAUUUAGUGCAAAAAGCGAUAUUGAACGGGCAAGAGCAUCAAAAAUGGAAGAGGAUAAGCCAAGUUCUUCAAAUAAGGGUAAAGAUAUUGACGUGGGAAGUGCUUCAGAAACUAAGAUGAUUGGAAAACUUUAUGCACAGCUGGAAAUUGAUGUGGGAAGUGCUUCAGAAAAUAAGAUUUUUGCACAGCUGGAUAUGGAUGUGGGAAGUGCUUCAGAAAAUAAGGGUGUCCAAACGGGUUCAAAGCGUACAUUGGCAAGCCUACUAUCCACUACUGAUUUCAAUAGAUAUUAUAAGGAGCAUUCAGAAUCAAGAAGAGCGACUCCGAGACUGUUGGAUAUGGAGAAAAUAAGAGAUAUUAUAAGGAGCAUUCAGAAUCAAGAAGAGCGUCUCCGAGACUGUUAUUCAGAGGAAUUCAAACUAGCGAAGAAAAGUGAUUUCAUAGAGAUGGUCAUGCUGGAUGCUGUCUUCAUCAUUGAGUUUAUGAAGGAAUAUUCGAAAAAUGAUGAAGGUCCUAACAGGUUCGAGCCUAGGACGAUAUUGGACAUACGAGAAGACUUGAUACUACUUGAAAACCAGCUACCUUUCUUCAUUAUUCAGAAAAUAUAUGACAAGUACAAUCGUGCUCGCCAAGAUCCAACAGCCAUUCCUUUUUUCGAUCUUGUUACCUCUCAUUCUAAAAAUUACACGUUCUUAAAAAACAUAGAAACCAACCUGAGUGUAAAGAAAAGCAGACAUUUCACUGAUUUACUAAGAAAUUUUAUGUUGAAUGGAGCCAGGCAGCCGAAUGGAGCCAGGAAGCUGAAUGGAUCCAGUAAUCCUAUCAUGCUGAGGCAUAAUGCUGUCAAGCUUCGCGCGGCAGGAGUCGAGUUUGAGGUCGCCGAAGACAAAUGUUUGCUUAACAUAACAUUUGAGAAAGGAGUGUUGAAAAUACCACUCUUGGAAGUUGAUUACCACUUCGAACGUGCUGUACGAAAUAUCAUGGCCUUGGAGCAGUGCUUGUACCAGAAUGAAGCUUACGUAUGCAGUUACAUUAAGUUUAUGGACCAUCUUAUCGACAGUGCAGAAGACGUGGGUUUGCUAGUCGGAAAGAAAAUCAUUACCCACAGGCUAGGUAACGAUGCCGCAGUUUCAGUUAUGAUUAACAAGCUUUGCGAAAACAUUAGUGACCCUUAUACUUAUUAUGAUGAUAUAUGUGAAAAGAUGAAUGACCACUGUGAUAGCCUCCUUAACCGUAUGAAGGCAACCUUGGAACUUGUAUAUUUCCCCCAUGUUUGGAGAGGUACGGGAACUAUUGCAGCUGCUGUCCUGCUGAUGCUCACUUUGAUACAGACUAUAACUUCCGUAAAGUCGGUAUUCUAG